AUGUUCUCAGCGACUUCACCCGCCGUGGCACGCGACUCUUCCUCACUCGCCGUCAAUCCUGAAAGUCCACCAAGCCUCGCCCGUCAAGACGCCGCACCUCUACAAUCGCCGCGGCCACCGUCGCCUCCGUCAGAGAACUCUUCGUCUUCUUUGGCUUCAAAUCCCAAACAAGACGGCGCUCUUCACAAUGACAGCCCCCAGCCACGCUUCACCAUCGACCCGGAGGGCCAUCUCACUCAUGACAAAACCACGGUCGACAUCAUAACCGUUCCAUGCCCGGGCGGCCAUCCCCUGCGUAGCUGGAACCGCGACGGCCUCAUGAGCCGCUACUAUGGUGCUCUUUCCAUGAGAGACGCGGAAGUGAAGGAUGACGCUGAGCGACCAACGCCUUCGUGGGUGAGACAGGGCAUAAGACGGGAGGCGGACAAGGCGCGCAUACUGCUGUACGAGCAUCCAGAGAUGGAGGAGGGAGUGACUCUUCAUACUCUUGCGGAUGAGCUUUUGCAGAAUUUACAGCAUCUGAGGGAGAUGGAGAAUGAUGAGCGGCCAAUCCUGUUUAUUGGACAUAGUCUCGGCGGGCUGGUGGUGAAGAUGGCGCUUGUCAAGGCAAGCAGAGAUGCGAGAUACGAGAAUAUUGUAAGGCAGUGCUACGGAGUGGCUUUUUUUGGAACACCGCAUCAAGGCUCGAGCUACUUUUCCAUACCCAGUUUGGCAUGCAGCAUUCAAUCCCUGCUGCAACUAUCCUCGCCUCUUCCUACCUCGGUGACGGACCAUCUCCGUGUGGGCAACAGCGUCCUCAUGCGCGUCGACGAAGACUUCAAAGCCGUAUCAAAUGACCUGCAAGUAUGGACAUUUUAUGAGACCAUCGACUCCCGUCUUUCUGGGGGCAACGCAACGGCCGGGUCCGAGUCGAGAGAUGUAGACUUUACGGCACCGCUUACAUCCAUCAAGUCUGCUAUUUUGGGCAUGCGACAGGAGCGCAUCUUCCCUUUACAAAGCGACCACGCCAACAUUGCUUCCUUUGGCCGACACAAUGUGCAUACCCUGCAGGUGUUCUUGAAACAGCUGGCGCACCAAGUCUGCCACGCGGAUGCGAAUGUGAGCGCGAAAGAGUUCAGCGGCCAGUGGAUGUUGGGACUGGAACAAAAGGUAAAUGUCGAGGUGCACGGGUUCUUUGACGACACGCCGCCGAGUCAAGGCCAGCAUGAAGGUGACGAGUGUCCGAUUGUCAGGGCUUGGAGCACCAGACUACCGCUGAGAGAGUUUCUGAACAAGGGCCCUGAUGAGUGUUUGAGCGAACGGCUGAAUGAGGUGGAAGGCAGCCCGGAGGAGGAGAGGAUUUUGCGACUUCGUGGACGGACGUCGCACAUCGAGAAAGAAGGGGAGACUGCACCUGUGCCGCCGGCCGCCCCGGAUUCAAUGACGAUCAAGAAUCCAUUAGGGAUACAAGAUGCCCUGUCCAGCACGCGACUUGUAACAUCUCCCGCAUCGCCGGUUCCUCGACCUUUGGAUUCGGCUGGACGAGUGCCCCAUUCGACACCGGUGACCACACCCCGUGGCCCGACAACUCCCCCAUCACGAGCAAUUUCUCCAAAAUCGAGCCCCAUUCGUAGGCCCUCGCCGCUGGUCAGAGCAGACAUGGAGCAAGACCUUGCGGUAGAUCGUCUCUCGCCGCCACUCCGAGGCCGUAUGGGCGGCCGCUCGAUGAGCCGCUCGUUCAGCUUGGGCAGCGACGGAUCCCGCCUCGAGUACAGAGACUUUCCGCCGUUUUCUCCACGAAGCCGCAGUACGAUCGGUGACGUCCUGGCCAGCGAUGACGAGGAAAUGGAAUCGCCGGGACUGCCAGAAGCUGUGGUUGCCGACGAGGUUGCCGACGAGGCGCCAAUGGCGUUUAUGAAGCCGGAUGUCAAGAGCCGCAAGUUCGUAUGGGUGCAUGUUCCGUUCAAUAACCCGACUUGGGUCAAAUCAUUGACGCCCCGAAGCUCACAGCCGGCUGACUUGGUAGUGUCUCCUCGACAUCGAUCCAUCGGGAACCAGUCGCCUUCACCACCCCUUCGAAGCGGCGACUCUACCUACACUUGCUUAUUUCUUCCGUAUCUCCACUUUGACUCUUACAAGAAGCUCCUCCGCCGCCGGGAUACCAUCAUUCAGCGUCUCGCACAGGGCCGCGCGCACCCUGUCCCGGAGACGGUUGCCAAGUCUGACUCGCUAGAACUCCAAGUUAUUUGGGAGUAUCUCGGUCACGAUCCACCGAUAAACUGUCGACGAACGUUGGACCAGUAUGCAUAUCCGUCCCUGCGCGACACCAGAUCGCGUGAUGACGAUCAGAUGCUGUACAAGCUCACCAAGGAGCGGACCCCAGCGCCCGAUACAAAAGGUUUCGCGCUGAGCAAACAGGGCUCGAGUAACGCCGCUAUUUCGGAGAGCGGUGGAAGCGAGCGGAGCUCAGGCAGUAGUUGGCGGGAGCGGCUUUUGCGGCGCGACAUGAACGACGACGAGGACAGAGUGUUGAAUGGGAAUGUGUUGAUGGUUGACCAGCUGUGGCUCUGGGUCAUGCAAUCGCAUACUGUCGUGUCCUUCUUCCCCAAGAGAGAAAGCGAUCCCAUAGAAGGACCGUUGUACCAACAGGCCGACCUACGCGACAGCAUCUUCAACGAAGUCAACGUCGACCUCACGAGGCAGUGCGAGAACGCGCACGACCUGGCCGCCCUGGCAGCCCUCCACGCAGUCAGCGUCCUUCUCGACCGGUCGUCGCACCCAGACCUAGAGGUGUUUCGAAUCUUUGAAGAAGCCAUCAGCGUGCUUACCGAGCGUCUCACCUCGUCUCUCAAAGAAUUCCGCUCCGAGGGCUUCCGCGACAAGGCAUGCGACUACGAGCCCGCCGAAAACGGCGCCCGCAGCAUCCGCAGGCGCCACAAGGAGGAGGGCCGCCGCGCCGAGCGCGAAAACCGCGACAACACCUCUGCGCUCCUCGAGCUUCGCGACAUGGAGGACGAGCUCCAGACACUCCUGCACCUGUUUGAGCGGCAGUCCAAGGUAGUCGCGUCGAUGCACUCCAUCUACAGCCGGCCCGGGCUGCGCGAGCAGGCCGCCAGCGGGCGCUCCUUUCUCACCGACGCGCUCAAGCGCCUGCGCGAGUACGCCCAGCAGGCAGACGAGAUGGUUCGGCGCGUGCGCUCUACACGCGACGACUACGACAAGCUGCUGCAAAUGGUGCAGCGCCAGGCGCAGGUCGACGAGGUCCGCCUCAGCAGACUCCACGCUGACCUGGCGAGCGCGCAGUCCCGGAGCGUCAUGAUCUUUACCACCUUUACCGUCAUUUUCCUCCCCCUCACCUUCUUCACGGGCCUCUUUGGCAUGAACACGCAGGAAUGGGGCGGCGAGAACAACCUGUCCCUCGAGACGAUUGGCAUGAUUGCCAUUCCCUCGAGCGCAUUCCUGGUGCUGGCCAGUCUGGUCAUUGCGUUUAGUACCAGCGCCCGCCGGCUCUUCCGUUGGGUAGACAGGCGGUAUCGGCAUGCGGUGCGGCGGGUGUAUUUUGAGAUUUGGGGCCCGGUGGUCAUCAAGGUGGUUGAUCUAGGUGGGAGGGUGAGAUGGGGAAACAAGGGGGGUGAGGAGGAGGGCACGAGGAGGAGGAGGAAGUUGGAGACGGAGGUGAGUGAUUUCUGGGAGAGGAAUCGCCCGGAGAGGGAUCGGGGCUACAGGAUCCCAGAGGUGAAUAGGCGGAGGGUUCAGGUCGGGGAUGCGACGGGGACGGUGAGUGGGAAGGGAAGGGGGAGCGGGAGGGACGGCAAGGUGAGCAAGUAG